AUGAACCGUACUCGUCCGUCAAACAAUUCUGUGACUGAAAAUACGCAGAGCGCAAUUCUACGUAACUACUACGCAGAGAAUGAGUUCUUUAUAUCUCCGGAAAGAAUUUUCAAGGUGUUAUCUCUUGACUUAGUUCUCUCGACUGCGUUGGGAAUCUUGUUGCUGGUGAGCGCAAUACUCAGCAUGACCUUCUGCGACAUGGUAGGAGUCGUUGACUACGUACACGGACCUCUGGCCAUUGUGAAUGCGAGCAUGAUAACAGGUAGCGCUGUGAUUACGUACGUAUCGGUGAUGCAGCGUUUGGACUCCACCAGAGCACCGGGACGACAACCCGAGUCCUCGCAACCCACUGAGCAUGAAGUUUAA